AUGGACGCAGCAAUUGGAAUACGGGUUAAUGAUGGUGUUAUCGUGGCAACAUCUAGGGCCUGCACUCGAAGCAUCACCAUUUUGAAACCGGACGAUGAUAAAACCAGAAUCUUAAAUGAGCAUAAUAUUUUGGCCUAUACCGGAACGUCAGGAGAUACAACGCAGUUUGCGGAUUACAUACAGGGAAAUAUGCAGCUUUAUAGUAUGAGAGAAGGUGUUGAUCUCAACUCAAAGGGUAUCGCAUCAUAUAUAAGGCAUGAAUUGGCAACUUCACUUAGGUCAAGAAGUCCAUACCAAGUGAAUAUCUUGCUUGCGGGUCUCGAUAAAGGUGAUGCACCUUUUCUUUCCAAUAUUGACUAUAUGGGAACCCGUGUCGAUCUCCCAUAUGCUGCCCAUGGGUAUGCCGCAUUCUAUGUAAUGUCACUUUUCGAUCGCCAUUACAGGCCAGAUAUGACACUUAAGGAUGGAAUGAAGCUUUUGAAGAUGUGCAAGGCCGAACUUGAUGAAAGAUUUCCUGUGGUAUUCAAAGGCUUCCAAGUGAAGGUUGUUGAUAAGGAGGGCAUUCAUAGUUCGGAACUAGAGUAG